UUAAGUCCAUCUGUCUAGUUGGUCGUGGAAAUAUUCCGUUCGGUAAAAAGUGUUUAUUUAAGGAAAUAAUAUUAAUAAAAGAUACCUAAGUAAGAUGAGAGAAAUUGUUCAUAUACAAGCUGGACAGUGCGGAAAUCAAAUCGGUGCAAAGUUCUGGGAGGUCAUAUCGGACGAGCAUGGCAUCGAUCCAACUGGCACAUACCACGGUGACUCCGACCUUCAGUUAGAGCGUAUAAACGUGUAUUACAACGAAGCUACUGGAGGUAAAUAUGUACCGAGAGCCAUUCUGGUGGAUCUUGAACCCGGUACUAUGGACUCGGUCCGAUCAGGACCAUUUGGCCAAAUUUUCCGCCCAGACAACUUUGUCUUCGGCCAAUCAGGUGCUGGUAAUAAUUGGGCCAAAGGACAUUAUACUGAAGGAGCAGAACUUGUUGACUCUGUUCUUGAUGUUGUGAGAAAAGAAGCGGAAGGGUGUGAUUGUCUUCAAGGCUUUCAGCUAACGCAUUCACUUGGUGGAGGUACUGGAGCAGGCUUAGGGACACUUUUGAUUUCCAAGAUUAGAGAAGAGUAUCCUGAUCGAAUCAUGAACACAUUUAGCGUUGUCCCUUCGCCUAAAGUAUCUGAUACAGUGGUCGAGCCAUAUAAUGCUACACUCUCUGUGCACCAACUUGUAGAAAACACUGACGAAUCUUACUGCAUUGACAAUGAAGCUUUAUACGAUAUUUGCUUCCGAACACUGAAACUGACCACACCGACGUACGGAGAUCUGAACCAUCUGGUGUCGGCGACAAUGUCUGGCGUUACCACCUGUCUGAGAUUCCCUGGACAAUUGAAUGCUGAUUUGCGAAAACUUGCAGUGAAUAUGGUGCCAUUCCCUCGUCUUCACUUUUUCAUUCCUGGCUUUGCUCCAUUAACUUCUCGUGGCAGUCAGCAGUACCGAGCUUUGACAGUACCAGAAUUAACACAGCAGAUGUUCGACGCCAAGAACAUGAUGGCGGCUUGCGAUCCUCGUCACGGUCGCUACUUGACCGUAGCUGCAGUUUUCCGAGGUCGUAUGUCAAUGAAAGAAGUGGACGAGCAAAUGAUGAAUAUACAGAAUAAAAACUCUUCCUAUUUCGUCGAAUGGAUUCCCAAUAAUGUGAAAACUGCUGUGUGCGAUAUUCCACCUCGCGGUUUGAAGAUGUCUGCUACAUUCAUUGGAAAUUCUACCGCUAUUCAAGAGUUGUUCAAGCGAAUUUCGGAGCAAUUUACGGCUAUGUUCAGACGCAAGGCGUUCUUGCAUUGGUAUACCGGCGAAGGGAUGGAUGAAAUGGAAUUUACUGAAGCCGAAAGCAACAUGAACGAUUUAGUAUCGGAGUAUCAGCAAUAUCAGGAGGCCACGGCAGAGGAAGAAGGUGAAUUUGACGAAGAGGAAGAGGGUGGUGACGAAGGAGACUAGACUUGCUUUUUGUUAAGAAUUUCGUUAUUAUAUUGUGUA